AUAGCACUCGUCCCAGAAUACUUAAAUUUUCUACAUUUAUUUCUAUUUCCUAUUUGAUUAGUUCAUACUGCUAUGAAGAAUCAGUUAAGAGUAUUUCUUAUAUUUGGCAUAUUUUACAUAUACCAAGGAUGUGAUUAUUUCGAUACCGUUGACCUUACAAACAGCAUUAAAUUUGAAAAUGGAUCAUUUCAGUACGAAGAUGUAUUGAUACCAAAAGAAAAAACGGGGGAAUACAAUUACCAAAUUUUAUUUAAUGGCGAUUACGAAACGGUGCCCAAGCAUAUAAGGGGUUGUGUAUGUCAUUUAAAAACGUGCAUACGUUUUUGCUGUAAUCCAAAACAAUUGCUUUUAAAAGGUAAACGAACUUGCGAAGAUAUUGACAAAAAUAUACAUUAUAAUAUGUUAUUAAACAUAACAUAUAAUGAAACACUAACAAAAACUAUAAGCGACUUGGAAUUCAUGGUGCAACAACAUCUUCCUGUACCUUGUCGUGAUCAUAAUUAUCUUGAACCUGAUAAUCCAGACCACGCCUGGACUUUGUACGAAAAUGGCACUCUUCUCAGACAUUUUGACAGCGCACUACUUACAAAACGGGAUUAUUGUUUACAGCCUCGAAAAUUUCAAGAUCUCUACAAGCUUGUGCCGUAUCAUUGCCUUAAACCUCCAGACUAUUCUAACGCUUACAUGCAAUCGGUAUCGAUAUUCUUCUUACUUAUGGUCAUAAUUGUGUAUUUGAUAUUACCGAAUUUUAAAGGAGAUUAUUUUAAAUGCUCUAUAUGCUACUUCAGUUGUUUGACCCUAAGUUUUAUACUUAUUGUUAUUGUACGUUUUCAAUGGAUCCAGCCACAUCAAAAAGUAUUGUGCCAGUUAACAGGAUAUAUUGGUUACUACUUUAUAAUAUCCACAUUUCUUUGGCUUUUAAUUAUAAACUACGAUUUAUGGAAAGCAUUUAAUACUCUUGUCAUUACUCGGAGGACAAGAUAUUUGAAUUACAAUAUAUUUGUUUGGGGCCUUGCCGCUUUACAACUUUUAGUAACUUAUAUUGUUGUGUUGGUAAACACAGACUCAAAAUGGGCACCUAAUAUCGGAAUUUAUUAUUGUUGGAUCGAUACAACUGCUUGGUCGGCAAGAAUCUACUAUUAUGGUCCAAUAGGUAUUUACCUAACAUUAAGCACAACACUAUUUAUUAAAACCGCCAGUGAUAUAUUCGUUCAAAAUAGGAACAAUAGACUUCAGUUAAAAAAAUCGGAAAGCCAAAGAAGUCUAAAGAGUCUGACUAAUUUUGGGAUGUUUUUAAGGCUUUUUAUCAUAAUGGGCGUUCUUUGGAUUUUGGAAAUUAUAUGUUAUUUUGGAGAAUUUAACGAUAAAGGAUCUAAAAUUUUUGACAUUUUCAAUUGCAACCAAGGUAUCAUCUUGUUUGUAGCAACAAUUUUAAAAAAAGAUGUUUUAAAAUCAUUAGCUAAUCGCGUUGGAAUUGGCGAACAAAUAUCACAAAGUGGUCCAUCUACAACAUCACCAUGACAUAUGCAAAUAACUGAAAUAACGUUGACUAAAGGAAUUAUGAAGCCGCAAGGAGUGUGUAACUUCUGUUCAUCUGACAAAAAAUUUGAGGAAUUCCAUGAAAAUGUUCACCGCGAUACAUCGAUACAUGAAGCAUACACGUCAUAUUAUAAUAUUUUUAUAAUUGAUAUUUCUUCAUGUUCAUAGUCCCAACAUCCAAUAUUACAUUAGCGCUUGCGUGUAAAAAUUUUAAUUAUAAAAGAUACCGAACUUAUUAAUAUAUGUAAA